AAGACAGCAUCAAAGUGUGCUUGCAAGAAUUGGGACUACAUAUCAUGAGAGAGCAGUGACUGACGCCUCAAGGCACUUGGGUAGCACGGGCUAGUGAACUGCCCCCGUUCGUUCACCGUGUUCAUCGUCGAUGAUACUUCAUCAGCAAGACAGUACAUGAUAUCUGGGUCCCGACGAUGCGGUGCUUCUUGGUUACUGCGGUUGUUUUAUUUUUGGGCUCUGAUUUACGCUACAGUGCUCAGGCUAAUGACACUAAAGAAAAUGCAAAUUUGCAAUUGACGAUUCUGCACACCAACGACAUCCACUCGCAUAUAGUCCCGAGCUCUAAACAUGGUGGUCUAUGCACCACUAAUAAGAGUGAGUGCUAUGGAGGGGUCGCCAGAAUUACGCAUAAGGUAAAAGAGUUGAAGAAGAACCAUACAAACACGAUGUUUAUGAAUGCUGGUGAUUUCUAUCAAGGAACUGCUUGGUACAGCAUACUUAAAUACAACAUAGUUUCUGCAGUUAUGGAGAAAAUGGGAUACAAUUACGUAUGUUUAGGAAAUCAUGAAUUUGACGAUGGACCCAAAGGCCUUGCCCCAUUUUUACUCCGCAUGAAAGCGGCGAACGUAUCCGUCAUCAACACAAAUGCAGAUUUUUCGAACGAAGAUGCACUAAAGAAUAUUACACUUCCCAAAUCUGUCACAGUAACUAUUAACGAUACGAAAAUUGGCAUUCUUGGGGCUGUGCUUCACGAAACUCGAGAACUUUCAAAUCCAGGUAACGUCACAUUCCGCAAUGAUCUAGACAGUAUCCGGGAAGAAGCCAAAAACCUUACCAAUCACGGCGUAAAAGUUAUAAUUGCUAUAACUCACAUUGGCUAUCCCCGUGAAAUGGAAAUAGCGGCAAAGGUGGAUGAAGUGGACAUAGUCGUCGGAGGACACACGAAUACAUUUUUGUAUCAUGGGGAAGACCCACCUGGGGGAGAGAAGAUUGAAGGUGACUAUCCAACAGUAGUAAAUAAAACUAGCGGCAAUGGUCAAGCUCUCGUCGUCCAAGACUAUUGGUUUGGAAAGUAUCUAGGAUUUCUCCAAGUAACGUUCGACGCAAAUGGAAAUGUUACGAACUGGACUGGAAACCCCAUUCUCAUAAAUGGAUCCGUCGAAGAAGAUGAAGAGGUUCUGAAUAUCACACUUGAGUACGAGCCCUUGGUCAACAAAUCGAUUGCUGAGGUCAUAGGUUACACGAAGGUGCUGUUGGAGCAGAACGAUAACAUCUGCCGCUUGCGCGAGUGCAACCAGGGCAACCUGCUGACGGAUGCGUACUUCACGUACUACAUCGACAAGAGCGUCUCUACUCCCAAGAAGUGGUCAGACGUGAAUGGAGCCGUGCUGAACGGAGGCACUAUCAGGGCGCCCAUUGAGCAAGGAACUCAGAGAAUGAAGGCCACGCAUGGCAGCACGUUUAGUACAUUCACUCUCGGUGACCUUAUGCAGACCGCACCAUUUGGACAAGCCGUCGUCAUUGUGACGCUGUAUGGCUAUCAACUUCGUGAAAUGUUCGAGCACUCUGUGGCGAAUUACAGUUAUGUAAAUAGAAAGGGCCAAUUUCUGCAAGUUUCUGGUAUAAAGGUUGUCUACAAUUUGACUUCGCCUCCAAACAAACGCGUUCGGUCAGUGCAUAUACUUUGCACGAACUGCACGGUGCCUGUCUACAAGCGGCUGGAAGAUUGCGAUGUAUACAGAGUCGUCACCACCGACUUCGUUGCCAGAGGUGGGGAUGGAUUCAAGAAGGCAGAAAACGUCACGGAAUCAGGACCUUUGGAUCUGGAUGUACUAAAGGAGUACGUCACUAAAAUGUCACCGCUGAAAACGCCAGUAGAAGGUCGCAUAACCAUACAUGGAAAUAUAACAGAAGAUGUUCAAACUAAAACAACGACGGAGCGCCCACGCAAGUCGUCACUUUCAAGGUCGAGACGCGAAAAGCGAGAAUGAACAAUGGAUGUAUGAUUCAGAUUGUUAUACAUAUAAAGCGAUGGGGUUUUUUCUUCUGUAUUUGAACAAAAUAGAAAACAAACAAAACGUUUGCAAUUUUAGCUCUCCGUGCGCAAAAAGAGACAUAACUGGUGCUUGUACAGAUUUUAAGCACCAGGUGUUUCAAUGGUGCUGUUUCGCUUCUGUAGCCUGAUUAUCUCGGUAGCACCUUGUGCGAAUUCGUAAUUAUUGUAAAAAGUAAAAAAAAAUGUGUCCAAAAAUUCUGCAAAAUCUGGAAAAUAAAUAUUUGCUGGCUGCCUUCAUA